AUGGCGAGCGGCCUGGGCUAUGGCGACCAGUCUGGUUUACGAUCCGAGGGAAGAGAGCCGGGAGCGAGGAGGAAGAAGCUAGCAGGCUAUCUCAAAGCGGCCAAUGAGCUGCGGCAGAACUACUUCAGUGGAGAUACUACCGUGGAGAGCCAUGGCCCUGAAGAUGGGCCAGGGGCGUUUCCAGAGGCUGCAGUGGUUCGCAGUGGCAACGAGGAGAUGAUACUCUUCCCUAGCUAUGCUAGAAAGCAUGUCGAGAGCAAGCGACCGCAAGCAGCGACGCCUGGACGAGAGAUGACAGAAGAAGAGUACUGGCGGCGAGAAUGGGAGAAGAACGAGGACAUUAAUGCUAUGGUGGAUGUCGAUGUCCGUGGCUGGAUAUACACGCCUCCUAGAGGUCCACAUACCCGCAAGCAGCGCCUGUUGAUUGGCCUUGCGAGGCAACUAUCUGGCAUUCCUGCUCCUCCGUCCAACAAGCCGGGCGAGUCGAGUCAGUCUAGCACAGCACCCAGUCGAAAUGCUAGCCCUACGCGACAACAGGAUGAGGAUCUCAUCAACUUUGAAGCUGACCAGAUCGUUCGGAGAGGACAAGAAGAGGAGCGCUAUGCUAGCCGCGGUGCCUUUUACGAGAAGCCCGGCCAGGGCAAGGAUACGGACAGUCUGUACGGCGACGCUCAGAACAACGCAGAUAGAGGCCGACACAGCGCAUCGUACGCCAGCACCGUGUCUUCUCAAGAUUCUGAUCCUGGAACGACUACUCCAGUCCAGAAGCGGUCGUCAUGGCCUGCUGCGCCAGCGAAGAUGUCCUCAGCCGAACUGCACAUGGCCAACACGCAUUUGAUGACGCGCUUGAAACCCUUCAUGGCGAAUCCACUCGCCAACACAGCAAUGAGUGCUUUCUUCUACAGCGAGUCGGCAUCAAGGCAGCGAACAGUCUACACGGAUGCGUCUGGCCACUUCAGCUUUCGCGCGGCUCUGGACUUCACACCAACUCAUGUUCGGGUCCUUGCUGGAGAAAAGUUGUCUGCCACCGAGGAGGUCCAUGUAACUUCACCGAAAGGCGUCAGCCUUAUAAGCGACAUUGAUGAUACCAUCAAGCAUUCUGCCAUCAGCGCCGGAGCCAGGGAAAUCUUUCGCAAUGCAUUCAUUCGAGAUCUUGGCGACCUGACGAUAGAUGGCGUUCGCGAAUGGUACAACACAUUGCAUGAUAUGGGUGUGAAGAUACAUUAUGUGUCGAACUCACCAUGGCAGAUGUAUCCAGUUUUGACGAGCUACUUCAAGCUUGCGAACCUACCGAAAGGCUCAUUCCAUUUGAAGCAGUAUUCCGGCAUGUUGCAGGGUAUUUUUGAGCCCGUAGCAGAACGCAAAAAGUCAUCUCUGGACAAGAUCAUGCGAGACUUUCCCGACAGAAAAUUUGUCCUCUGUGGUGACAGCGGAGAAGCUGAUCUUGAAGUAUAUACCGAAGUUGCUUUAGACAAUCCUGGCAGAAUACUGGGCAUUUUCAUUCGAGAUGUCACGACAACGGUCAAGACGGGCUACUUCGAUCCUAACAGUCCACCUGGAAGCAGAGGCCAUACGAGAAAUCAUUCCCGUGACAAAAGUGGAGAUUCUCUCGCCAUGUCGAAGCGCAUUGCGCGACCGCCGGAUAUUCGCGACGACAAUGAAGACCUCAAGACGGCUAUUGCCGCAUCACUGGAGGACAUGGAAGCCGAGGCACGCCGUGCUCGGAGAUCGAUCAACCCAGAUGCCAUACCACCCGAAACCAGGCGAUCUUUACGAGGAGGCCACGAAACCGCACCAGCGAAACCGAACCUUCCGCCUCGCCCACCAACUCAUGCCGCAACCUUUGGAGGUAGUAUGGCAGCAUCGCCGGAAGAAGACCUGAUUGAUUUUGCCGAUCCACCACCGACGCAACCGUGGCUCGCUCCGCCAGUUCGGAAACCUUCUACUCAACUGGGUCUUAAGCCAACACCAUCACCUCCACCACCGCCAAAGCCUGCAGGGCUGCGGAGUCCCACUCCUGAACAGAGCUCGAAAUCACUGGAGAGCGCGAGUAAGACGCCGCCGCCUCGGCCUGGGAAGCCUUCUAGUGCAGUGAAGCCUGCCAAUCUCCCUCAGAUCCAGACACAUCAGCCAUCGCCCUUGUCCCAGGUGACGAGGCAAGAGUCGACCAGAAAGCCGGCUCCUCCCCUACCGAUGCGACCGAAGACCUUCAGGAAUACCAUCGUUCAGGCCUUGCCCGGUACAGGUGCAUACUGGCAGGGAGACGCAGGCACGAGCCGAACCAGGCCUCUCAGCAGCCGCAGUCAACCUACAUCUCCCCUCGCCAGGCCAAUGUCCAUGAAGAAAUCUUUCGAGGACCUCAAUCUUCCAGAAGGCGCUCUGAACCAGAAUCCUCCAGCACCGCCGCCACCACGCCGAACAGGCUCUUCCUACUCCCUUGCACAGGUGCGUCGACGAUCUUCGAACCGACGCUCGGGCGCUUGGGACAUGGACGAUGGACCAGCAGGUAGCCCAGGAGACGGCGUAAGCAAGAAAGAAUUCAUGUGGAAGCAACGAUGGGCUCGUGCACAGAAUCUCCUGGAGAGGAAUGGAGUCACAUUGCGGAGUUGGAGGGUCGGUAGUGACGUGGCGGAUGUGUGUGUCAAACUCAUAGAGCAGGAAUUGAGAAAGAUUGAAUGGGAGGAGCGAGGGAAAGGUAAUGGAAAUGGGAGUGCGAGAUGA